ACAUAGAGGAGACCCUCCUCCCCUGGGUUGGCCAGCCCGCCGGCCAGCCUCCCUUCCCUUCCCCUCCCGUCCCCGCCCCGCCGGCCGGCGGAGGGUCCUUCCCCGGGGAAAGUUGCUCGGUGUCCCCCGGGCGAGGGGCGGGGGUGUGCGGCGCUGCCCCCGCCGCCUCUCGUCCGUGCUGCCGAGCUCUUUAUUUAAAUCGCAGAUAAAGCACCUCGCCUCCCACCCUGCCGGGGACACACAGUCCGGGCGCCCCGCGGGGUCGGCAGGAAGGAGCCCAUGGCCGGGAGGGCAGCCCCGGGCCCCGGGGCUCUGCUCUGCGCCCUGCUCUGGGCGGCAGCGGCGGCAGCGGGGGGCGGCCCCGGGGACAACCCCGCUCCCGGCGCCUUCGGCCGCGUCUACCGGGGCGCCGUGAACAUCAGCGCGGAGCGGGUCUACGCCUUCGCCUACCGCAGCGAGCCCGGGCAGGUAGAUGCAGUGCGGGUGUACGUGAACAGCAGCUCCGAGAACCUCCGAUACCCCGUCCUCUUUGUAGUUCGCCAGCAGAAGGGGGUGCUGUCAUGGCAGGUCCCACUGAUUUUUCGAGGCCUCUAUCAGAGGACCUACAAUUACCAAGAAGUGAGUCGGACCCUCUGUCCUGCUGAGCCAACACCUGAAACAAGACCCUCUGACCAGAUUAUAUUUGUGGACGUCGCUUCCAUGGCACCGUUCAAUAUUGCAUAUGAGCUCCUAGUCACCAGGCUGGAGAACUUCCAACUUGAGACCAACAAAGCCUUUAACUUCACUGCCAGCCCUUCCCAACCCCAGUAUUUUCUGUACAAAUUUCCUCAGGAUGUCGAUUCAGUCAUUAUUAAUGUGGUGUCUGAUGCAGCCUACCCAUGCUCAGUUGUCUCUGUCCAGGAUAUUGUGUGCCCAGUGUAUGACCUGGACCAUAACGUGGAGUUUAAUGGAGUUUAUCAGUCCAUGACAAAGCAGGCAGCCAUAACAGUGCAGAGAAAAGAUUUCCCAGGUGAGCAGUUCUUUGUUGUGUUUGUCAUCAAGCCAGAGGAUUAUGCCUGUGGGGGUUCUGUGCCUUCUUCAAUUCAUGGGAAUGUCAACCGUACCUGGAACCUGCAGCGGACAAAGAACCUUCAAGUGACGAUUGUGCCCUCCAUUAAAAAGUCUGUUUAUGUGCAGGCCAUGUUCUUCAGCUUCCUGGGUUUCCUCUCCUUUUACCUGGGCUCAGUGAUUGUUGCUUUUGUGCACUACAUUAGGGUUCAGAGGAAGGCUUCAGCUGGGAGGUUGAGCCCCGAGCAUGGAUCUGGGAUGAUGACUUCUUCACACCCCAUCUCAGCCAGCACUCCUGAGGGAAGCAGCUACGGUGCUAUUGACGAGUCCAGCUCCAGCGGCGGACGUCAGCUGUCCUCCCCGGAGCGCAGGCGCCCAGCUGGUUCGGACACAGACAGCUCCGUGGAGGAGGAGAGCGACUUCGACACCAUGCCAGAAAUUGAGAGUGAUAAGAACAUCAUCCGCACUAAGGUGUUCCUCUAUCUAUCAGACUUGUCCAGGAAAGACCGAAGGAUUGUGAGCAAAAAAUACAAAAUCUAUUUCUGGAACAUCAUCACCAUUGCGGUGUUCUAUGCCUUGCCCGUCAUCCAGCUCGUCAUCACUUACCAGACUGUGGUGAAUGUGACGGGCAAUCAGGACAUCUGCUACUACAACUUCCUGUGUGCUCACCCCCUUGGGGUGCUGAGUGCCUUCAACAACAUCCUCAGCAACGUGGGCCACAUGAUGCUGGGCUUUCUCUUCCUCCUCAUUGUGUUGCGCAGGGACAUCCUGCACCGUCGGGCCAUGGAGAUGAAAGAUAUCUACACCCUGGACUACGGGAUCCCAAAGCAUUUUGGUCUCUUCUAUGCUAUGGGCAUUGCUCUGAUGAUGGAAGGGGUGCUCAGUGCCUGUUACCACGUCUGCCCUAAUUACUCCAAUUUCCAGUUUGACACCUCCUUCAUGUACAUGAUCGCAGGACUGUGCAUGCUCAAGCUCUACCAGACCCGGCACCCAGACAUCAAUGCCAGCGCCUACUCCGCCUAUGCCUCGUUUGCUGUGGUGAUCUCCCUGGCUGUCCUUGGAGUGGUGUUUGGGAAAAAUGAUGUGUGGUUCUGGGUUAUCUUCUCAAUGAUCCACGUUUUGGCUUCACUGGCUCUCAGCACCCAGAUCUACUACAUGGGUCGCUUCAAGAUCGAGGGCCCUGACUCAGACGUGGGCAUAUUCCGGCGAGCAGUGAUGGUGCUGUACACGGACUGUAUCCAGCAGUGCAGCCGACCAAUGUACAUGGACAGGAUGGUGCUCCUCAUUGUUGGGAACCUGGUCAACUGGUCCUUUGCUAUCUUUGGGCUGGUGUAUCGGCCCAGAGACUUCGCCUCCUACAUACUGGGAAUCUUCAUCUGUAACCUGCUGCUGUAUCUGGCCUUCUACAUCAUCAUGAAGCUCCGCAGCUCUGAGAAGCUCCUGCCCAUCCCCAUGUUCUGCAUUGUGGCCACAGCAGUGGUGUGGGGAGCUGCCCUCUACUUCUUCUUCCAGACCCUCAGCAGCUGGGAGGAGACUCCAGCAGAGUCCCGGGAAAAGAACCGGCCAUGCAUCCUGCUGGGAUUCUUUGAUGACCACGAUGUCUGGCACUUCCUCUCCGCAGCUGCCUUGUUCUUCUCCUUUCUGGUCCUGCUGACCCUGGACGAUGACCUGGAUACGGUGCGCAGGGACAAGAUCCCAGUGUUCUGAAUCCCCAGGGACAGGGGUGCAGAGGUGUCCCAAACCGCUCAGCCAAAGGCACCGGGCCACUGGUGUCGGUGGAGAAUGAGCUUGCUUCCAUGGCCAGCAGCCCAGCGGGAGCAGGGGAACCGGAUCCCGCAGCAGGCAUGAAGGGGUGCUGUGGCAGCUGAGGCGGGACCAGGAGGGAAGACGAUGUUACUCCUUUCCUGCCGCAUCCUCUGGGGCAGGAUUGAUCCAGAGCCCAAGGCCAGAGCACUGCCCUCUGGCUCGUGGGUGCAGUGGGUGCUGGAGCCAGUGAGGGGGGAGGAAACAGGAGGGAGGCAUGUCAGAGACCUUUGCUUCCCUUCCUUCCUGCUGAUGGGCUCCACUUCCUCUCUGGUGAGCCGGCUUGAGAAGUGCCAUGCAAAUCUUCCUGCACAGGGAGGUAAUGCCUGCACCCUGCAGUCUGCUGCCCUCGGAGAGUCCCUUCAGCAGCACAGGGAGAGCAUUUGGUUCCUGUACUGCAGCAGCUGAGGGAGCAAAGGACUCCAAACUGAGGUGGCCGUAGGGCGACUGUGUUUUCUUUCUUCCUCUCUUUGUUGGAGAGGCUCCUUUGGCAGCUGGUGGGGAGCCGUGGUACCAAGGCUGCAGUGUUGGUGGGAGGUGGUGAACUAGAGCUGCCUGUGAGGGCUCUGCCAGACUCAGAGCCUCCUACAUUGCUCUCUUGCAGCCUCUCUGUCGCUCCUGUUGAACAGCCACUCCUCUGGCACCUCUGGUGCUGGCACUUGGCUGGUCUCUGUCACGGCACCACGCUGGCUCUCCUCGAGCGACCCUGAGAGAGACCGCACGGCAAAGCCACAGCCUUGUGUGGCAGCCCUUGGCUGCUGCUGUGUGCCUUGCCAAAGGGGCAGGCUGGAACAGGGAGGUUUUCCAGCAGCCUCAGAUUUUCUCCUCUCGUGAGCUUACCUUGGACGACCUUGGCAAAGCAGGUUCCCUUAUGGGCUGGGAGGGUGAAGGAGAUUUUGGGGCAGUUGGUGUUGAGCUCUUUAGCUAAAGAUGUGGAACAAAUUUCCUUCAACUUGUCUGAAUCUGAAAUGAGUUUUUUAAUGGCUUCUGCAUUCUUUCCAGUUUCUUAGUUAUUUAAAAAAACAAGAAUAAGGUGUGAAUUAUUGCAGGCCUUGCAUCUAAAAUGGGACCUGAUUUGCUAAUUUGCAAUUAAAAAGUGUUCUUUGAGGCCUGCUGUCCUUAUUCUUGUCUGCCUGAGCAUUUUUACUUUGGUGUAUGUGCAUGUAGCCAGUGAUGCAAAGGUUUCAUUCCACUUCUGCUUACUAAAGCAGGUGACUCUGGUGAUAUUUUACUCCAGGAGUCUGUAUCUCCUUGAAGAGUUUUGCACCAGCUGGUUUUUAUCUUUUUCUAAUUUGGAGUUUGUCAAGAUGGUGAAUAAAAUGGAUGUUCCUGGUUCCCUGUUCUGCAGGUUGAUCUGAGUUCUUGCUCCUGCUCUCAGCAGCAGCAGAGACAACAGUCAGGGCAGAGGGGUUCCAGUGGUGUCACAUGGCUGCUGCCAUCCUUGGGACUGUCACAGGCAUUUCCAGAGCAUAGGUGUGGAUGACUUGCUUGUUCUCUUAACCAAAUUGCCUUUGUGAGGCUACAUAUAGAACAGACACUCUUGUUUGUCACUGUAGUCCCUUGGGCAGGGUGAGGAGAGGGCUGGAUAAAGAAUGACACAAGAGGCUGCCAAUCUCUGUCUUCCUCAGCAGAGCUGUGCUGCUCUGGAGGGUGUUGGGGUAACUGUGCCAGACUGAAGGAGGACCUCUGUGCCCCCAAACGUGUCCAUUUCUGGGGAGACAUUUUUUAUAAAUUAUACUUUCUCCCUGCGUUUUCAUAAUCUGUAGCCUCAGACCUUGUUCCAUGCUUGUAUUUGUUUCUAGACAGGAAGCUGGUUAACCUCUCUAAAUUGAAAUGUGAGGGAAAAAUAAUGUUGAGCAGCAGUUGGAAGGCUCGACGUAGGAGGUAGAACAGCAUAUGGGCUGGCUGGGCUGAGCAGAGAUGAGCACAGCAUGGAAUGCUAAGGUGGUAGCAGGGAGGGAGAGGGAGGCUGGAGAACAGCACAGAAAGAACAGAAAACCAUGACAGAAUUCAAUUAAAUACGAGGAAAGGCACCUCAAGCCUGAGAUGAGAGGAAGGGUUGGAAUCAUCUCCCUGCUGCUUUUGUGCUUCCAGCUUGCUGCAUCAAUUUUUAAAAUUUCCUCUUAGCUUUACCCUGCCUGCUGGGCUCUGUGCUUCAGCUCUCCCACCCAGUGGCUGCCUGACCCCUUGAUGGCUGUGGCUGCUGGGGGGGUCUGGCUGGGCACAACUCCUGAAAGGGAAAUAAACAGUGCCAUAGGCAGGGACCUACCAGAUUAAAUUGCUCAAACCCCCAUCCAACCAGGCCUUUCUAAAGAUGGUGCAUCCACCACCUGUCUGGACAAUCUGUUCUAGUGUUUUACCACUCUCAUCGUAAAAUACUUCUUUCUUACAUUCCAUACAUUCCCUAUUUUCUCAGGAAAUGUAGGUAAAGUUGGUCUGCCCACUACAACUGAAGGGAGAAGGAAAGCGCUUCUGUACAAUACUAAUGUCCCCUCACAAGUCAGGAAAAGUACCAGAGUAAUGUGAGCUGUUACAACUCCCCCUGGAGCCUCUGGACUGGCAGAACAGCCAGGGCAGGGGAAAUGCACUGCAGUGUGGAAGAGGAAGGCAACUCCCUCAUGUCCUGUUUCCCCUCCCUUCUGCUGUGACUGAACUGUAGUUGUCACUGAAGGAACAAAAGCCCCACUGUCUUAAUACUCAAUUUCAGCCUUUUUUAAAUUAAGACCUUCCCUAAAGGCAACUUCCAUGCUGCAACUAUUUUGAGGUUUACAAGCCAGGUUUUUUUGGAGCGCAUGAAUUGUUUCCUAGUAAUUCUGUCAGCUUCAGUAUUGUGCAGUCUCCCAAAAAAGCCUUUACUUACCUUGCAGGUAAGAGUGUCCUGCUCUCAUCCAAACUGCAUCCUUUAGCUUCAAACUCUGACAAAACUGUCUUAGAUCACUUCCAAACCAAUGCAAGGGGACUUUCAUUUUAUAAAAUGAAGUUGUAUCUCAACAGUGAUUGCUGCCACUGGGGCAGGGACAGCACCUGCCAUGUAUUUUUUAGAUACUACACAAUCAGUAUUUAUUUCUUCUGAAUUUUGUAGUUUUUUAUCUCCAACUAAUAUGGUGCAUUCUCUGGUAUAUGCAGAGAAUGUACUGCAGUGGAAAACUCUGACUGUAAAUUCCCAGUCUCGAAGCACAGCUUUUAUUUUUACCUCUACUUAAGAGUGAAUGGCAUAGCUUUCUGUGGGAAAAGAAGCUGUACCAACAAGAACACAAUAUUUAAAGAGUAUUUUUCUCCUUUUUUUUUAAUAAAAUACUAUGAUGUUCAUAUCUAUACAAAUAAUUAUUACAACUAUUAAACAAAGUAUUACAUUUAACAGUAGAAAUCUCAGAACUCUGAACAAGAUCAUGGUUUGGGAUAUUUACACCUGAAUGCAACACAUUUGUAAAAAGAUGUCAAAAUAAACAGAGCAAGAUCUUAUUUACAAUUGGAA